CUAGUAUCGAAAAACACUGUUCCAUCCACAGAAUAUUCAUGUAUUCUUUCUAUAUCAUUGACAGCUUGCUUCCGCAAUUGUGGCAUACAAAUUGCUUGUUCAAAGUAGAAAGAAAGAAGAUAUACAUAUGAAUGUUAUUACUUGAAACUAAUAAAAAAAAACAAAAAAAAUACAAUUUGUGAUUAUUUCAAAAAAUCACAAAGUAACGUCAAGAUAAAUAGCCUGGUUGUGAGACAAAACUUAUAUCUUUAACGAGCCGACACCGUGUCAAUAGGAAUCGGAAAGCAGAUCUUGUCAGUCAGAUUCGGAGAUUCCCAGUAUUUUGCGUAACGCAUGCCGGAAAGCCCAUUAGCGAUAUUGCGACCAACUAUCUGUAAUCAUGAAACUGGACCAAAAUUCGAACACGAGUAUUAAGAGUUUAGAUGAUGCGUUGGAAACCAUUGAUACAGUGGAGCAUUGCAAAGAGGAAAAUGACACAGGUACCAUGCACCUGGGAAGUGAUCGAGACACUUUGGGUACAGCCUCGGUUGAGUCAGAAAACAUCCAAACAGCACCUAAUAUAAAAAUCAUCGAACAACCAGCAAGUAAAGCUGUUCAAUUUCGGUAUAGAAAUGAAGACAGAGGCAUUUCCAUUAUUCCUGGGGUGAAUAGUACACGUGCAAAGAAAACUUACCCUAGUAUACAAAUAGAAGGCUACGAAGGUUCAGUAGCUGUCGUAGUAUCUUGUGUUACUAAAGAUUCACCAUAUAAACCGCAUCCACAUCAGUUAGUAGGUAAUGACUUCUGUAAAUACGGAUGCUACAGAGUAAAAAUUCCCCCCGAAAGUAGAAAGGUGAUAUUUGGUCAUCUUGGAAUUCAGCGUGUCAAGAGAAGCGAAAUUGAAGAAGCCUUAGAAAUGAAGGAAAAAAAGGGCGUUGACCCCUACAAGACUGGGUUUUCGCACAAAGUUACACCGAUUGAUAUCGAUAUGAAUGUAGUUAGGCUCUGUUUCGAAGUCUAUCGGGAAGGUACUACCAAAGGAUUAUUUGAUGUCCCAUUUCAACCUGUAGUUUCAGAUCCCAUUUAUAAUAAAAAGGCAUUAUCAAAAUUAAUUAUCGUUGAUCUCAGCUCCAACUAUUGCAAUGUAGAAGGCGGUAAGCAGAUAAUUCUGUUGUGUGAUAAAGUUCCCAAAGAAGAUGUUCAAGUUCGCUUUUUCGAGAAGCAAACUGGUUGGAAGUGUCAGGCAACCAUCAAAAACAUUCAUCGUCAGGUGGCGAUAUCAUUUACAGCUCCACCGUAUCACAAUUUUGAAGUGAACGAUUCUGUACCUGUCUUUGUGGAAUUAUUUAGGCCUUCAAACGGUGAUAUAAGCAAUGCGUUUCCAUUUGUAUUUCACCCUAAAAAAUCAGGAACCAAGUUACGCAGAGAAAAAAAAUAUACUUACGACAUCAGAGACAACAAAACUUAUAAGGAAAUUCAGACGGCAUCAAUUGAGUAUGGAGUUUUACAAGAAAGUAUCCAAUGUCAUGGCUUUGAAUUAACGCCCAUGGAAGUUAACCCAGAAGAUCGAAGUCGUUCACUAAACAGAAUAGUAUCUACGAGUUACAAACAGUCUAGCGAUACCCCAAUCCCUUUACCAGAACCUUCCACAGUACCUCAAACUUUCAGGUAUAUCCAGCCCCAAGAGCAACAGCAAAGAGGUCGAAAACAGCAAUACAACCUUGUUUCACCUCUCCGGUCACAGCAGCCACCAGAGAGAUGCCAAGAAGAACAAUACAACAUUCUUACACCACUCCAGCCACAGGAAAGAUGUCAAGAAGAGCAAUACAAAAUCCUUCGGCCAGAUCAGCAACAACGAAGGUGUCAACAAGAGCAAUACGACGUUCGUAAACCUCUCCAACCACAGCAAAGAUGGCAAGAAUUGCAAUACGACGUUCUUAUACCUCUCCAGCCAGAGGAGCUACAACAAACAUGUCAACAAGAACAAUACGACGUUGUUAUACCUCUUCAACCACAGCAAAGAUGGCAAGAAGAGCAAUACAACAUUCCUACAGUUCUUCAACCACAGCAAAGAUGUCAAGAAGAGCAAAGCAAUGAUUUUAUGCCUCUAUGCCAGUCUCUUGAACAACACGUGAAUGAGUAGCAACUACAAAUUGUGUUAGAUACAGUGAAUGCAGAGUAACCUAGGUCCGCGUUUCCUUUACUCAUAUGGAAACUCAGGUGAGUUCCACAAUGCGAUACCAUGAAUAAUUGCAGUAAGGCAGUUGAAUAAUGGAUCAUUUAGGCGACGCCAGACAUCAUCAUUGAUCUUGAAUAUGUUGGAUUAAUCAAGGAGUGUUGCUUACAUAGGUAUGUAUGCACAAUGCGUGUGAGUACCUGUAGAAAUUAUGAGAAAUUUAUGUAUGUAAUAAUGUGUUAGAUUGCAAAGUCAACGAGUGCAUGCACGUGAGUAAAAUCUGGCUAAUAGAAACACAUUGAUAAGUUGACGGAAAAGCUGAAUUUUUUACACGUAGUGUCAUGACUACUUAGACAAGCAGAAAGUUAUUCUGUUCUCACAUAGUGAAUGACUAUUUUAAAUCACAUAUCGUCUCACAUUAAUGAAGAGACAAAAAAUAUAUAGCCUAAGAUUUUGUUGAUUUUUAAUUUUUUGUUUUUGAUAAUUUAAUGGGGUGUCUUUUUUAAGUUGUGCAACAUUCAAUAGGCUAUAAUUUGGAAGUUGAUGUCAUUUUGAGGUUCCAAAUUUUACUGCCAUGUCUGGUGCAAUUCACAGCUGUUUUUGCCAAAGUUCCAAGCUAAUAACAGAAAGUUUAUUAUCACACAGAUCAGAAACAAAAAUUUCCAGUCAUAGACUUGACUAAAUUUACCUUCUGGAACAACGGUUGAAAGAAUAAUGUGGAAAUUGGAUGAAAUUUUCGAAUUUUAUUAUUUAGUAGUUUAUGGAAAAAUGUCUUGGGCAUAUAUAUUUUAUUGUUUUUUUCAUUUCAAGUAUAGUUGAAGCAAAUUCGAUAGGUUGAAGACAGUUACUGUGUGACAUUAAUCAGGUUAAAGUAUAUCUAUACGUAUCGAAAACAGCGAAAUUCAAUUGCUUAUAACUUUGAAAAUGGAAUAGAAAUGAAAAUAUAUAACCUGAUUAUUUUUAUGUACUUUACGUUGUGCACUUUUGAAAAGUGGAUUUUUUUCCAAUGAUACUUCCUUAUUCCUCGUUGAUGUUCAUCAUACCCGCGAAUCGUAAAUCUAUACUAUUACUCCGAGUAAUGAAAUAUCAAAUGAAAAAAUAUGUGUCCAGAUAAAUACAUGUACACUCUGGUCAUUUAUUGACAUUGUGAAAUGAACACUUUAUUGAAUUAAUUAAGUAUGUACCUCAAAUAAAAAAUGCUCGAUUAUAUUUUCAAAAUGUAUUUCCUUAAUAAUACAAUGAAAGACUUUUUUUUCUCUUUUGUUGUCAAAUCUGAUGGAAUGAGCAGAAAUAUAAUAUCUGUAGCAUUGUUGGUUGAAAAUGAUGAAAUGUUGAUCCUAUAUAAACUCGCCUGGACAAGAUACAUACAAACACAAAAACCAAACUCUUACAAUUAGCAUAAGAUCUUGUUAUGUUAGGUAGCAACGUGCAUAACUGUGAGCGGCAGGUCACGAUUCUAUAAUAUACCUAUAUCCAUCGCCUACGUGCCCAACAAGUACAUAUAUAUCUACAAUGUCAUAUGCACUUGUUUUUAAACGCAUGCCCGCAAUUCCGAGCCCUUUUAACGUAACCGCGAUCCUUUCUUACCCUAACAUGGGUCUAUUUUCUAGUUUUUAUUUUCUUCUGACAGAGGUGCUAGAGGUCGACAUAUUUAAAUAAAAUUCUGCUUCUAUCUUUCGAGGAAUUGCAAAUACGGCGUUGUUAGCGAUAUACUUCCUACUUGCUCUGUGGUAUUAAUGGGGUCGUAUUUGCAGAAGCACCAUGGCAUAGUGGAAAUACGCUCAUGUCAAGGAACAUGUUGGCAAAGUUUACUAUCAUUCAUAGACUGACGCUAGCGGUGUUUUCUGGCUUACCGAACAUAAUUUUCCACAUCGUACGAGAGGUACAACGUACGACGUACUAUAAAUAAACAGUAUAAUACAGCACAUCUGUACCUAUACAACAAUUUAAUUUGAUACCACUGAUUUUUCCACCUAAGUAAGUGCUCGCGCUGCAGCACCUUCUCUGUGAAACCUCGUCAGUAUCAAUAUUUUUAAACGUUUGUAAUCUUUCUUUAACCGUCUACAGAAUGGACGCUGUUGUAUUAUUAGUAAAUAUGGAUAUUGAAAAUAGAUCCAUACUGUCACAUACUACGUACGUACGACGAAAACCGCGUUAAUCUUCUUCUUUUCCAUCUUCGAUCUGUGAUUUAUUUAACUACUUCCUCGAAAAUAUUUGUACAUUAAAACGUGGGACAUUGUCUCGCAUUCAAAUUAUUAUCAUUAUUUAUUAUUAUUAAUAUUAUGCAGCUAUGGUACAAUGGUAUCGUAACCGCAAUGUCUCAUCACCUCAUUUGCCUACCAGUCUCCCAGAAUAAGUUAUGACAUUGAAAGAUAGAACAUCUUAUUACUUGUAUCUCAAUCUUAGGGGUCAUAAUUUUCUUGUUAAAUUAUACCAAUCAGGUGUUUACUCAAUUCGAUGGUGAUGGUUAUAUUAUUUAAUAAAAAUUUAAGGAAACCUAAUACGUGAAUCUAUGUAUCGCCAAAUCAGUCAUCCGUGUUGCCUCAUACUACGAUGUUUUUCGUAUGACAAUUUUUUAAUUUUCUAUUUUCUUUACUUUGUUCGGUGGCUGUUACAACAGCCUACAGUCGAAGUAAUCGACCCGACUAUUCGUUGGCAUUAUAGUAAAAAAUGUGUAUACAUGGCCUGCGUGUGCAUAUCUUGAGGAUCUCUCAAAGCGGCCUCCCCGCACACACAGCAGGGACAAACUGAGAGACGUUACCGGAUAUAAAUUUGUCCGCUGCAAGAGAUUCCCACUGCAUACAAAACGAUAAUAAUUUAUUAGAUGUGGAGCACAUCCGAAAUCAUGAAACCUAACCACGGUGCGGUAAUCUCAAAUAUUAAAAGAAUUUUUGCCGUUCCACGCCGUGUAAGGCGCGUAUAUUCAUGAAUCCUUUCUGCAAGGGGAAAAAAAAACAAAAAAAAAAGGCGACCACACGUUCCUGCGUCUGCGUGUAGCAUCAGCGCUAUAUUGCAUAUAUACAGAAAUUGGCGAUAUAUUAAAAUACAAUGUACUAUGCGUAAAACGAUGAUCAGGAGAAAUGAAUAAAAAAAAAAAAAAUUGUCUUCAAAUUAAUUAUACAUGAAUUUCGUACAUGUAAAUGUGAAAAUGAUGUCAACAUAAGAACGCACUUGAACGGAAAGAGUAUUUUCAAAUAAAUAAACAAGUUGUUGUAGUAAUACUAUUACUAUUAUCAAAAUUACAUUUGUUGUUAUUUUACAAAGAGCGAGCACAGAAACGAAACCGCAACUUUAUCGUUAAAAAAAUGGGAAAGGGGGGAGUCUCAAAAUUGCUUGGGUAGCUAAUUAUUUAAGCAGAGAGAAGAAACUGAAUUUUUCUUCCUUGCUCGUAACUUAUCUACAUUAGACGCAAUAGAGUUUCUUCAAAAUUAUAUUGGAGCAAAUAUUGGAAAAGGGUUAACAAUUUGUUCGUACAUGACAAUACUCUCUCUACUCAGAGCUCGUUGUAUGCCGUGACGAUCCCCCUACCCCCCCACGUGACGCUUUCAUGUAUAACGUUACGUAAUAUCAUAAUCGUCAGUAUUAAUAAUAAAAUGUUCCUUAGUUUAUGACUUUAUACAUGCUAUGUAUGAUAAUUAUAACGCAAAGUUAAAGACACACAAUUACUCAUCCACACUGCUUUUUCGGCGCAUGCAUAAUUCGAUACUUCCAUGUCCCAUAUCGACUUUGAGGCAAAAGUGUGAAAUUCUGUAAACAUGAUCGGCGCUGGAACUGUACUGUUCAACUGACGAUUGCUAUUUUACGGUGAAUUAUCGGAUUUUCCCAUGCAUUUAAAAAAAAAAACAAGGCGUAAGUAUGGACAAUUAUAAUUCAUAUCUUUCGAAGCAAUGCAACUUCUCAAAUUCAUCGAUUAUUCACGAAUUUCACACUCGUGCUAUUACAAACUCCCUAUUAUACGUUCGUUCGUCUAUAUGCAUCAAUAAGAUACUCUUGUCACACGCGCUAGGUGAGAGACAUUCGUAGAACUACGAACGUAAAUUUCAUUUCAAA